AGCACCACACCGUGGAAACCCGUGAGAGAAGCACAAGAGGUUCACAUCUCUGUCCUGCGGCACUGCAGUCACUCGCACUAGAGGAAUAUCGUCCGGUACAGACUCAACGAUGGAGGUUCCGCGCGUGGGACACAGUGUGAGCAGCCCCACGAGUCCGUGUGAGGACAUGAUAAAGAAUCUGAGUCUGGAUGCCAUCCAGCUUUGUGAGAGAGAAGGGAAUAAGUCCCUGGACAGCGGCAUCGCUGAGAUGGAGGAACUCCCUGUUCCCCAGAACAUCAAAAUCAGCAACAUCACGUGUGACUCCUUUAAGAUCUGCUGGGACAUGGACCCAAAGGCCAGAGAGCGCAUCACACACUACUUCAUCGACCUUAACAAAAAAGAAAACAAGAACGCCAACAAAUUCAAACACAAGGACGUUCCCACUAAACUGGUAGCGAAGGCGGUUCCUCUGCCCAUGACAGUGAGAGGACACUGGUUCCUCAGUCCACGCACUGAAUACUCUGUUGCUGUCCAGACCGCAUCCAAACAGGGUGACGGAGACUACGCCGUGUCCGAAUGGAGCGAGGUCAUUGAAUUCUGCACAGCCGAUUAUUCUACAGUUCAUCUCACGCAGUUGCUGGAGAAAGCUGAAGUCAUCGCCGGGAGAAUGCUGCGCUUCUCCGUCUUCUACAGAAAUCAGCAUCAAGAGUAUUUUGACCAUGCCAGGGAGGCCCAGAACAACAAGAUGUUGCCGGCAGUGAAGGACAACAGCGGCAGUCACGGUUCACCCAUCAGCGGCAAGCUGGAGGGAAUCUUCUUCAGCUGUAACACCGAGUUCAACACAGGCAAACCUCCACAGGACUCACCGUACGGCCGCUUCCGAUUCCAGGUGCCAGCCGACGCGCUCUUCAACCGCAACACAAACCUUUACUUCGCCGACUUCUACUGCAUGUACACCGCCUACCACUACGUGAUCUUGGUGAUCGCUCCGAAGGGCUCUCCUGGCGACGAAUUCUGCAAGCAGCGCCUGCCGGCACUGGACAUCGCCAGCAACCGCUUCCUGACGUGCACGGAGGACGGAGACGGGCGGCUGGCGUUCCACCACGCUCAGGAUGUCAUCCUGGAGGUCAUCUCCACCGAUCCCGUGGAUCUGAGCCUGGGUACGGUAACCGAGAUCAGCGGUCAACAGGUCAUGAGUCUGUCCACAGUCAACGCCAAGAAAGACCCCAGCUGCAAGACCUGCAACAUCAGCGUGGGACGUUAACCUUUCCACCGCCACAGACACGUCGCCGUUCCUCCUUACCCAGAAUGCUUUUCACAGCAUGUGUCUUUUGACGAAACGCUCCCUUCUUUUACUAGCGUAUCGCUCCUGGCCCCAGUCGGGCUGGAUAUGUCCAUCACACUCCUGUCAAUCAAACUGCUUCUUUAACCUUAUUGGCUGUCGAACCCCUUAUGAUAUCCCCUCCCAUUAGAAAGCGGCAUCGUAACAGUUAUUCAACCAAAGUUAUUCCGAUCUAACACAAAUGGCGUCACCGCGAUUUCACGAGGCGUUGUGAAUGUCGGGCGGAUUGUAGCAUGACUGCGACUUUUAACGAAAACCAUCGACUGUUCUUCGGCAGUGUUUCACGUUAAUUAUUCCAACCCAUCCAGUAUACUGUGAUUUACCAUAUAACAAACGUGACGUGUAGAUAGAAAAAUAUUUAUUUUUUAACCAGUGAAUAGAAAACAUGGACAGAACCGAAAGUGCACGAUACAGAAGACUGGGGGGGGGUUUGAUGGAAAAGAACGGAUUCACAGAGAAGCAAAUAUAUAGAGAGAAAUAUAUUUACUCUAUAAACCAAUGUACUGUAGUACUUACGUGCACUAGCUAACAUUCAAAAGCUACAUUUGUCAUUGUGGAUGUACAGCAAAUAAAGUGUUGAGACACACUAAAACCACACCUGAUUGUAGCACAAUUCAACAGUUCACGCUUGUUGGCAUGCAAAGACACUACACAGAGAGAUUGUAAUAGUUCAUUGCAGUAGAGCCGUCGUAGAAAGAAAAAGAUCGACUGAGAGAAGCUACUUCGAGCGCAUUUAUCCGCUUCUUAUCAACAUAUCUCCUGCUAGAUGGGCUUCAGUAUUGUUUUAAACUUUAACGUGAUUGGCCAGUGUUCAAGUGUUCAUUUUAACUGCCUUCAUGUCACUGUUUGUUUGUGAGAGCAACUUUAAACUCAACAGAUAAUAUUCUUCUCUUUUAGGAUAGCCAUCUUUGCAAAAAUACAGUCUUUAGCUUUCUUCAUAUCUUUGCUAGAAUACAGAUUAGUAUUCUGUGUAUAUUUCACACCAACGCAAUUAAAGCUGCAAUCUGUAACCUUUUUUGUUACUAAUAAAUGAGUACGAAAAAAACCUCUUUCUUUGCCUUACUAUGAUUCAACAGUAAGUUUAUAAUAAUGAUUUCUACGUCGACCUGUUCGGUACGAUUUCCCUCGAGACUUCAAUAGCCGCAGUUUCACGUUUCAAACAGAGAUGGCGACAGAGAGGCAAAAGUUACAGACUGCAGCUUUAACUUGCGUCCGGUUCUACACUGCAUACAAUGGCGGUUGCUGUAUUUAUACGUUUGGGAAAAGCGCAGAAACUUGCAUACGGUGGUUUUAAGUGCUCGGAGUCGAUUUCUGUCGAGAGCCUUGCAUUAUUUGGCAGUCUCUGAGAAUCACGGACCCUCGGUAGUGUGUAUACUGUCGCCGCGUUCCUAAUUCCAAUCGUAAACUAGCAUCACGCACGAGCGAGGAACUGUGAGAAUUGCAUAUGAUUUAGACUUUGGUUAAAAAAAUCUCCUCCAAAAAUAAAGUGCCAUAUUUCAUUAACAUAGCUGAAUACUCUGUUUCCUCUUGCCCUUUAAAAUACGAGUGAGGUUUAUAUCCAUCUGUACACUGCACAGAAAUUGAACGCUGUGUUUGUGUGAUAAUAAUCGAAGGCUUCGAGUCCAAGACUAGGUAAAUAACAUUAAAGUGCAUUUCAGCAUCGUUAUGGCACAAAUAUGUCAAAUGCACGACUCCGUUUGGUCCAAACGUGAAGUUGAAUACAGAAAGGCAG